AUGUUAAUAGCAGAGAAAACAAACAGGAUCUAUUUAACUAUAGACUUUAAAGCUUACGCUCUAUUAAAGAGCACUAUCUUUAACAAUAGGGGUGCAGUACACCUAGUUAAUAAUAUAAGCUACCUAGAAGAAAGUUUAUUUAGAUUAGUUAGAUAUAAGAUAGUUAAAGCAGGAACUUAA